AUGUUUAAACGCUUCGAUGUCAAAUCAACUUCCCGCAUCCCCGCUACCCCUGGUGCCGAUCUAGGGCCGAAGCGAGAGGAUGAGAAGGGAGGGGAGUGGCCGGUGAGGGAGGCCAUCGGCAGCAUGAUGUGGGUGUCGACUUUCUCGCGUCCAGACGUCUCGUUCGCCGUGCGUGCGGNGGUGUCGGCUUUUUCGCGUCCAGACGUCUCGUUCGCCGUGCGUGCGGUAGCGCGCCACGCCCACGCCCCGGCGAAGCGGCACUGGGAUGCCAUACAGAAGAUCCUCGGCUACCUGAAAGGGACGAGGGACCUUGGCAUCACCUACCAACGGGGAUCGGGGUUAGCUUGCCGUGUCCUUGAGGACAACCAGGGGGCCAUGGCGUUGGUGCAGAACCCCCUCAGCUCAGGUCGCACGAAACACAUCGACGUGAGGUUUCAUUUCAUCCGCGGAUUGUUUAGGUCGGGGGAUACUUCGGUCAAGUUUGUUCCGACAACGGAGCAACACGCGGACCUCCUCACCAAGGCCCUUAGCAGGGCCAGUCUGCUGUACCACCGGCGCAAGCUGAUGAAUUUGCCGGAGUAGCUGUAGCAGUUUCUAGCACUCGGGAGUGGCCAUGUUUUCCAUGCGGGGAAAGGCGCAUAACUGUUGCGAUCUGUGUACCAAUGGCAGGAGUAGGGGGCGUUGGGAGACCAUCGUCCGGGGGAACAUAGUUCCUCGCGUUCUUGUCUUCGCCUUGGCGUUUCUAAUAAGUGCGGCCGUUGUGAUCCGCUGUGAUAGCUACGGGUUUUUUGUGGUGGUAGGGUUUUUCCUUGAGGGGUUUUGCCCGGACG